UUUUCAGUAGAUGGAUGGCUGAUGUAAUGUUUUCAGUAGAUGGAUGGCUGAUGUAAUGUUUUCAGUAGAUGGAUGGCUGAUGUAAUGUUUUCAGUAGAUGGAUGGCUGAUGUAAUGUUUUCAGUAGAUGGAUGGCUGAUGUAAUGUUUUCAGUAGAUGGAUGGCUGAUGUAAUGUUUUCAGUAGAUGGAUGGCUGAUGUAAUGUUUUCAGUAGAUGGAUGGCUGAUGUAAUGUUUUCAGUAGAUGGAUGGCUGAUGUAAUGUUUUCAGUAGAUGGAUGGCUGAUGUAAUGUUUUCAGUAGAUGGAUGGCUGAUGUAAUGUUUUCAGUAGAUGGAUGGCUGAUGUAAUGUUUUCAGUAGAUGGAUGGCUGAUGUAAUGUUUUCAGUAGAUGGAUGGCUGAUGUAAUGUUUUCAGUAGAUGGGUGGCUGAUGUAAUGUUUUCAGUUUCCAGUCAUUUCAGUUGGAGUUUGAUUGAGUGGAGGUAUAUUAUUUCUCAGGCUCUGAUUGGUUGGCUGAUUUAUUUUCUCUUCCUGGUUCCAGUUCCCGAGGCCCCUGAUAGGCCCACCAUCUCCAUGGCGACGGAGAGUUCUGUUUACGUCACGUGGAUCCCGCGGGCUAAUGGGGGCUCUCCAAUCACAGCGUUCCGCGUGGAGUAUCGUCGCCAGGGCCGCAGCGCCGAGUGGGCCGUUGCCGCCGACAACAUCUCUCCUCUCAAACUGUCCGUGGAAGUACGCAGUCUGGAACAUGGCUCCACCUAUAAAUUCCGUGUUCUAGCUAUGAACCAGAAUGGGGACAGUCCUCACAGCGCCACCUCUAGGCCGUACCAGGUGUCAGCAGCGAGCCCACGCUUCUCAGACCGCCCGGUGGCCGGACCGCACAUCUCCUCUACAGACGCCGUCAGCGACACUCAGAUCAUGCUACGCUGGACAUACACCCCUUCUAGCAACAACAACACACCCAUCCAAGGAUUCUACAUCUACUACAGACCUACUGAUAGUGACAAUGACAGUGAUUACAAACGGGACGUGGUUGAAGGUCUGAAACAGUGGCACCUGAUAGGUCAGCUCCAGCCAGAGACAUCCUAUGACAUCAAGAUGCAGUGUUUCAACGAUGGGGGAGAGAGUGAAUAUAGCAACGUCAUGAUCUGUGAGACCAAAGCGCGGCAGCCCCCAGGGGUCCCCAGCCAGCACCCCAUCACCCCACCGGGACCCUACCCCCCAGACACCCCCACCCCGCCCGGGGGCCUGCUGUACCUGAUCGUGGGCUGUGUUCUAGGGGUCAUGGUCCUCAUCCUACUCGUCUUCAUCACCAUGUGUCUGUGGAGGAACCGUCAGCAGAAUACCAUGCACAAGUACGACCCCCCAGGCUACCUUUACCAGCCUGCGGAGAUGAACGGCCAUGUUCUAGAGUACCCCACCCUGCCUGGUAGCAGCCGGAUCAACGGUGGGGUCCACGGGGGCUACGGGCACAGCGGUCUCUCCCAGGGCUGCCACCACCUGCACCACAAGCUGCCUAACGGCCUGGCGCUGCGUAAUGGGUCUGCUGGGUACCCAUCACACAGCCACGAUGCCUCCUUACCACACAGCACCAUGGAGUAUGAGCACUCUGUCCCUCACCACCACCACAAUGGUGAAGGUGUGUACACAGCCCUGCCCCAGACUGACCCGGCUGACUGUAUGAGUUGCCAGAACUUCUGCAACAACAACAGAUGUUACAUGAAGACCAACGGUACAUUCUCUAGUGGUGGCGGUGGGUCUCUGCCCCUAAUGCAGCGCAUGGCAUCGUGCCAGCAGCUGGAUGGAGGACUGGGUCUGGAGAUGGUUCCUCUGGGCCAGGUCUCUCCUCACUGCCUGGGCCUCCUCUCUGGGGAGAGAGACACAGAGUCUGGGGAGCACGGGGACCAGGACCCGGAGGAGGAGGAGGACUCAUCUCCGUCCCAGACCUCCUGCUGUACUCUUGGGGACCACCACCACUGCCCUGGAGACGACUACACAGCUGAUGAUGAGCCUGUGGUGUGUAUGGACUCUGAGGCCGUGGCAGUGUGCUGGGAGAGCCUGGGUCUGUGUCACCUAGACUUAAAGGAGAAACCAGUCUGGAUCUCUACAGACAGCCUGACUCUGGCCUUGCAGGCAGACCUGAUCCAGCCUAACCCCCAGGAGGUAUGAACACCUGGGGUGCAGAGGAGACAAGGGAGAGGCGGACAACCAGAGAGAACCAGAGAGGAGAAGGAACAGACAGACGUUUUUUGGAUAAAAGAGGACCCAGUAUGUUCAUGGUCAGAGACUGUAUGUGACACGGUGAAAAGGUCAUUAACCUGACUGGAAUACAGCUGGGAGACGAAUGGACGGGAAAGAGAGAGAGGAUGACCAAAUGGAGGGAUGAAUGGAGAGACUGUGGAGGAGGAGGAUGAGGAGGAGACUCAGAACGGAAAACUCCAAGCCACCCGACGGAGAGGAGGAGGGAGGACUCCUAAAACAAAACAAAAAUAAAACUCUUUAGAUUACUUAUUUAUUUUUUGUAGUAGUACAAUAUUCUUUCAUAUCUGUUUUAAAGGCCCAGUGCAGUCAAAAAACAUGAUAUUUCUGUGUUUUAUAAAUACUUCUACGCUGAGGUUGGAUUCGUACUGUGAAAUUAUGAAAAUGAUGAUGAUGCUCUUUUAGUGUAAGAGCCGUUUGAAAAGACCGCCUGAAAUGUCAGCCUGUUUUUGGUGGGAUGGCAUUUUGGCCUUUCUGGUGACAUCACCAGUUGUUAAAUUAGUUCGACCAAUAAGAAAGAGAGUUCCAAACGUCUCAGCCAAUAACAGCUAGAGUUCAGUUUUCCCCUCCCCGUUCGGACCACUUCCAGACAGUCCUACCAAAAACUCUUGCCUGAGAAAUUGUUCUUUACUAAGAAGCUAUUUUUUGUUUUGUUUUUUUGACCAUUUUAAUUGAAUGAAAUCACAGAAAGAUACUUAAUUGUUACCCAGAAAUAAUUUGAUAUUUGAGAUAAAACUGCUGCAUUGGACCUUUAAGAACAAAACAGUUUGUCUUUUAUAUUAUUUAUGCCUUUUUUGGAUGAGAAAUAUUCUUUAUUUUUUUGUUUUAUUUGUCGUUCUGUGUUCCGUGUUCCGUGUUCCGUGUUCUGUGUUCCGCGGUGUGGAGUUUAGACAUUGUACGUGUAAAGUUUUCUAAUAAUAUAAAGAGAAGAGAUUUGAAGAGUCAAA